AUGGUCUCCUGGAUGCAAAUCGUCUUCUGGCUGACGAUAGCCAACAUCGGCCUUAUCGUAACCCUUUGUCUUUCUUCACGAUGGGUCAGAACGCGCCGCUUAACUGGAAUAUGGGCCAAAGUCGACAUGGUCGGUGUCACGCGCGGGAACCAGGCUUCGUUCCGUAUUCCCAUUAGGAACUCCAUGUUUUCAACGCAACAGCUUGCAAGCAAGGGUUAUCAAGAUUUCAGCAAGGCACUAGACCGACCAUUCGCGCUGCCCAUGCCGUGUGUGCCAAGCGGCGCUGUGCUGGUUCUGCCACCCUCGCUACUGCCUCUGCUCACGCGCCCGGACAAGACAAGCGAGGGCGAGUGGACCAACUCGCCCGGCAUGGUCGAGAGCACCGCUUGUGACCAGAAAUCGUCCUUGGAAUAUUCUCUGCUUCCAAAGGACGUAUACGGCGCACUAUCUCAUCUCCGUCAGUUCCUCAUUGAACACGUCUCCCUCAAAAAUAAAGGCGACUACGAAAAGGCAGUCACGAUCCUCGAAGUCACGGUUGUGCAGAUAGCUCACGCCGGGGUCGAUGUAGAGGUUGGGGCAAUACUGCUAUUGGCCUUUUUCCUUCCCGAGAGCGUUGUCAGUGACAUAAAGGACCACAAGCUUCAGGCUCUACUGAUAUUGGCAUAUUACGCUGUAUUCGUACAUGCCCUGGAUAAAGUUGACUGGUUUCUCAGGGGAUGGGGUCGAGAGCUGUUAAAGGACAUCAACGAUCAGAUUGAGGUGCAGAAACCGUGCAGAGACCUCUUAGAUUAG